CUAUGUAAUGUCUUGGCAAGCGUAAUCUGCAGUUGCGACAGAUAUAUACGGCACUACUACAAGAUAUGAUGCGGCUUGGAGCUUCGCAUCAGAGCUGCUAGCUCUUAACACACGACGCUCCUCAACUUUUUCUCGUGUUGCAAGGUACUACCCUCUCUGUGGCUAUCCGCAUGAUGUUCUACGGUCAUGCCGCCGCAUCGCAUAUUUCAUGCCAGGAAAGGCUACAAUGUGAUCCGGCACUGGCUUUAUCUUGUCCUUUGGAACUGAGCGGAGCUGAUAGAGUUGUGCCUAAACCCAGGACUACCGGGAGACACUACAUUCAUGACCUACGAUCACAGAGGGCUCCUAUCUUCCUCUCUUCCGCCAGUGGUCAAGCGAAUGUCUUCACACAGUGGAAGAGAUCUCAGGUCUCAGCGCCAAAGUUUGGUAUCUUCCAGGCGCGCAGGGGUGUGAUUACGAAUGUCGAGUCGCUAGCGACCAACAUGGGAUGGGGGAUCGAUGUCGAUCGAUGGACCCUACAACAUCGAAUGUACGCUUUGAAGACGUGGAUCGCCUCACGUCGAAUUCUCUGGCGAAUAUAAAGCCAUGCCUGGCAGGCAAGCAUGAGCCCAAUAUUUAUAUCCUUGAACUUGGUAUAGCCUCCAUUGAAACACGCACCCCCAGGCACGGCCCCUAGACACUAAAGCCGCACUAUGGCAUUUAAAGAUUGGUGAUGAGAUUGCUAUAAUGAGUGACACAGGGCUCAUUGUAAUUACAACA